CCUCCUUUCUCUGCUACAGCAAUGAACGACUCUCUCUACUGCGCCGAGCAAAUCAAGAUCCCGCCUGAUCUGCCCGAGAUCCUCAAGAACUACGCCAAACACAUCAUCAAGACCCAGCCUGCGGAUAUCAUCGCGAGUUCGGCCGAGUAUUUCGGCCGGUUGGCAAAGCAGAAGAGUCAGAGCAGCGGCAAGAAGCUGACGGACCUUCAGCUCGAGGCGUUUUAUGGAAAGUUUGCCCACACCGAUCGAGCCCUUGUGAGCAAGAAGGAGGUCGAGGCCGCCUGCAACGACAACGGGGUCGUGCAGAUGCAGAUGAACGAGAUCAUUGCCGUCGGUGGCUGGCAAGGCGACCGCAUCCCGUGGCUGAAGUUUUGGUUUCUAUUGGUCGCCUCAGCAUCGGGAACCCUCCCGGCCACCAUCGAGUCGAUAUGCAAACUGCUUGCCAACAACGGAAAGAUCGCAGCCAAUAUCAUCACCGAAUGCUUCCAGUUCCUUGCCGACAAGGAUCCUGACAUUGAUCAAACCUCCGUCGACGACACAUUCCGCGCUAUCCAGGCGCUGCAGAGCGGCAAGGAAAUGUCCUGCGCUGGGGUCAUUGAUGCCAUUCGAAAGGAACUCAAGUACGAAAGCACAACAGUAUCGGCUGCCCCGCAGAAGGCAGCGGCGCCAGCACAGGUGAUCUCAGAAACAAAUGACAUCGAAGACGUGGCUGUCGGUGGAACAGAGGAGCCUGCAGCGGCGGCAGAGCCGGAGCCAGAGCCGGAGCAAGAGCAAGGGCAAGAGCAAGAGCAAGAGCCGGUGGAUGCUCCGGCAAGCGAGGCGCCUGCUGAAGCUGUCGCCGAGGAGACCGAGUAGAGUCGGGCGUCGUUUGUAACAAAGACCCGUUGGAGUGGCUGGGUUUGAUGUCUCGAGCAGCGGCAGCUCGGUCGCCUGUCGCUCGGCCGUGGUACUUGCUGUUCGCACAAGGAGCCGUCUGCGAUUCCAGUCGACGCCAUUCGCGCUGAUCCCGAGACGUUUUUGGAGACACAGGCGAUAGAAAGAAAGCACUUCGUCUCAAUGCAUGCCUGGUAGAAGCAGCGCGGUCUGAAUGAUGCAGAGGAGCGCUGCUGUUGAUGUUUGGAGCUGAAUACAGAUGCUUUACGACAUGA